AUGGUGGGACAUUCUUCUCUCCGUGCCUUCCGGCUGGGCAAUCUGGCUGUUCUGGGCGCUUUAUUCAUUAUCACCGUUGCGGCCGAGCCUCUAGCUGAGAAGGCACCAGAAAAAUUGGCCGGGUUGAAAUUGUCGAAUGACGAGAAUGGGAACCGCCGCCGACCGAAGCGGUUUCAGGACAUUGCGGUACUAGAGACAGACGGGAAGUUGUCGCCUGAAACUCAAGCAGUUCUGGACUCCUUUCUUGACGUCGGCAAGCAAGAGAAAAAGUCACGCCGUCGUUCUGCAUCCAAUGAAGGAACCGAACAGGAGUCAGACAGGACUCGACACAUACCGCCGCCAGCUCCAACAUACGUUCCCAAGUUUGUGCCUAUGAACAUGUCUGAACCCUUUCCCUCUGCCCCUGGCUUUGCCUCCCCGACCUCGUCGUCUCAGUCCGAGGAAUCUGAGGAAGACUUUUCUUAUGAUAUCGAAAAGGAGUACGAGAAAGCCAGAUUGAAGUACCGAGAUGCGCAGGUCGUCAAGGACAAGGAAGAAUUCGAUUUCAUCGUCGUGGGAUGCGGUUGCACAGGGUGCCCCUUGGCGAGCUAUCUGGCCUUGAAAGGCGAGGGUGUUGCCGCUGCGGACCAGACCAUGAUGCAAGUCAUCAACACACGAAGCGGGGUGCGGACGCACGUUGCGACUGUUAUGGGCGGCGGGACGUCCAGCGAUUUAGCCAUUUAUGUGGAGGAAACGGAGAACUACUUUAAAUAUAUGAAUAAGCGGUUCCCCGCCUACAAAUUCCACUGGCCUACAAUCCAAAGGAUGGAUAAAGUGUGGAGCAGCUACAGUCUGUUCGAUACCAAAGAAGGAGGUUUCCGCCGAUCGACUGACGUCUUUAUUGAUGAGCUGCCCGAGCGUGCGAAAAAGAAUCUGGUUGUGCGCACGCGACACAACGUGGAGUGGAUCGAGUUCGACCUCGACCAAAAUCCUCCGCGUGCGAAGUGUGUCGUCUACCGACCAACGGCCUAUGAAGAUAUCAAGCCGCAAGGCACUAGCUUUGCUUCUUCGUUGCCUUCUAGCAGCGCUCAUUGGGGCCCUUGGGUAGGCACAUUCCUCGCUCCAAAGAGCGUCCUCAUUAAAUCUGGGGAGGUCGAUCCAACAGAUUUCUUCCAGAAGAAACAAGCCAAGUUCUUCCGCAAGGUGUGCCUGACGGAACGACGGGGUUCGCAGAUCAUUCUCAGCGCAGGUGCAAUCCACUCUGCUGUCAUCCUCUACAAAUCUGGUAUCGGCCCGCUUCCGCAACUAAAGAAAAUCAAGACUCCCGUCAUUGUGGAACACCCAUAUCUGGGGCAGCGUUUCAGCGACCGUGUGUUCAUUCCGGUCAGUGCCUUCUCGAAGCACUACGCUGACGAGCUGACACCCGUCCCGUUUGCACCUAUCCGGCGUUUGUCAACCUUGGAUCCACUUUCGUCGAAAGCGACGACGCCUCGAGCCAGGGCUCGCAGAGACAAGCAUGUCGCCAGCAAUAACGAGGAUGCAGACCAAACGAGCGGCAAUGAGGACACCAAACGAGGCGGCAGAAAGGAACGUCGACACCACAAGGGCAUCUUCGCUACCGGUGGCCAAGUGAACGCAGGAAGCGGCGACGAGAACGCUGACGCCACUCAGGGUGUGACGAGAGCAGACGGCGGGAUAUCGGCUCUUGGACUCACUGAAAACGAAGACGAAGCCCAGCUGGCGAGUGCGCCCAGCGACGAGGAAGAUCAGGCGUCAGGCUCGUCGCCCGCCCGCAUCUUCCUUGCUGACCUCCAGAGGCCCAUACCUCCUGAGUUAUCUGGGAAGUACCUUGACGUCUACUUCCCUCAAAAAGGAGACCUGGAUCCACCACGAGUGUGCCAAGGCUUGGGAAUCAAAAAGGGAGGGCCGCCGCAUGGCUGUGACAAGGAAAAUUACAGUAUCGGCCGCCGCACAUUGAGUUGCUCUUUGAUGGUCGCGGAGGAGAUGUCCGGGGGUCGCGCUCAGGAAGGCAUCAUUUAUGCUUCCCGUUUCAUUUUCCCUCCCCUCUUUAGAAACGACCCUCUCGUUGAUGUUAUAUUCGAGAUCCUGCAGUCAUGCUCUGAGUACAGAGCCCCCUACGGCGUUGCAGGUUUGAAACCGUUGUGCGCUAUUGUGGUGCCAAUUAUUAAGUGUUUCCGGAAGUCACUUGCAACCUUUUACUUCACAUCCGAACCGAAAUCCCGAGGUUCGGUUCGUCUGUCUGCCAACGGCAUGAUUGACGUCAACGGCAACUACUUGAAGGAUGAGCAAGACCUCUUUGAUGCCGUCCGUGGUGUGUCGAACCUGAUUAACGCUAUGAACGGAGACGCGUACAAAGGUGUUCUCCAGCCUGCCGGGUCGCUCUCGUGCCCAGAGACGGUCUUGAACGGCCUGCUCGAUCUCAUCUUGACUGUGGCAAGCAUGACUUCCCUCUUCGUCACGAAGCCCGGGAACCUUCCUCUGAUCCAAAAGUACCUGCAAGAUUUGCUGCCCACAAACAGUCGUCGCCUUCGGCGCUUGGUCGCCAUCGGCGACAACGUCAAGCCCCGGCGUCUGGAGGCGACGGAUCUGGGCGACCUCGAAGAGCCUGGCGACUACCACCAGGACGGCAUGAACGAGCCGAACACAUUCAUCUUGGAGGAUUACAGCGAGCAUGUGAUCGACAAUGUGGACGAGAAGAAGAUGGAGGAGCUCGGAAUCAAGCGCAAGCUGGAAGAAGCCGGAUUCGACUUCGAGGCUUACAGAAAGCACCUGGACCCGAAUGCUGAGGAAGACAAAGAGACAGUCAUUUCCGAGACCGCCAACUGGUUCGUCUCGCGUCGUCUGCAGCAGCAGAUGGAGGAGGACCUACAUCUUACCGAUGAAGAGAGGCACACCGCGCGUCGCCUCAUGGAGCUCCAGCGCGAACAGGAAGACAAAGCCGCGGAACCAGCGUUCGCAGUGUCUGCUGAAGAAUUGGCGGAAGCGAAGGCAGCUUGCCAAAAGCCGUGCAGCGGAGAGGAAAACGAGGCCUGCCCCGCCGCAGAUGUCUGCUGCGCGGCCUUCAACAACUCACUCUGCGUCCGUACGGACGAGACAGUGGAGCUCGAGCGUCGCCUACAGGAGGAGAUGUUCCACAGGAAAGUGGCGGGCAGUGCACCUUCUCGACAAGCGAAACAAACCCAAGGCGUGCAGAACGAGAAAACGGCGGUGCAUCCAGAAAUCUUCCUGGGUGCGUUGCCGAACGCGUUGCCGGAACUCUUGAACUUCGUGCCAUCCCCGCAGAAGUCGCCGCCCCAUCCCAUUCUCUACGAGAAGCCUCCGCCUCACGAUUUCCCUACUUACCUGAACCCCCCCAAACCGGAAGGUUUCCCAGACCCGUCCAUGUUCCCCGCAACUCCCCCUCCCGGCACACCUGCCAUCGACGCCCUGCCGUACACCAACAAACAAUGGGCUGCCACAUUUCCCCCGCGACUUCCAAAUCCAUACAAGCCAAAGGAAGUUGCAAAGUACGCGCUCACCUACAUGUCGAGCGUAUGGCAUCACAGCAACACGGCUCCCAUGGGUGAGGUGGUCAACACGGACUUCGAGGUCAUUGGCACUCAGGGUCUUUCCGUCAUCGACGCCUCGGUUAUGAACCAACUGACGCGAUUGAAUCCCCUUGCUACUCUUAUCAUGUUUGGAGUCUACGGAGCCAUGAAGAAGCUAAAGAAAGCAGGUGUAGAAGAUGUUCUCCCCCCUCUACCCCAUGACCACUGA